UAGUAGGGUUCCACACAGGGUAAACCCCACUCCUUCCCAGGACCUGGCCCAAGCGCACGUGCCCACGUGCCUCCCUUGCGCCAGUUUUGGCCCCGCCCUUCCGCUCAGAGGUCCGGCCGCUCGGCCUCGCCUCUUCCGAGGGCGGGGCGUAGAUCGGCCGUGACGUCACUGCCGGCCGGGCGCCAUCUUGCUGGUCUGCGGCCGGUCUUGGAUGUGGCGGCAGCAGUGGUGAGGGCGUGGGGAAGGGUGGGGUGAGGGGGCGAGGCCGCGGUGCGGGCGGCGAAACUCUCCUCCCCUCAGCCCCACCGCGUGGGACGGCGUGAACGCGGUGUCGGAGGGAUGUCAGCCUUCUCUGAGGCGGCGCUGGAGAAGAAGCUGUCGGAGUUGAGCAACUCGCAGCAGAGCGUGCAGACCUUGUCCCUGUGGCUCAUCCACCACCGCAAGCACUCCCGGCCCAUCGUCACCGUGUGGGAGCGGGAGCUGCGUAAAGCCAAACCAAACAGGAAGCUUACUUUUCUCUACCUAGCCAAUGAUGUCAUUCAGAACAGCAAAAGGAAGGGGCCGGAGUUUACAAAAGAUUUUGCACCAGUUAUAGUGGAGGCUUUCAAACAUGUUUCAAGUGAGACUGAUGAAAGUUGUAAGAAGCACCUUGGAAGGGUAUUAUCUAUUUGGGAAGAAAGGUCUGUUUAUGAGAAUGAUGUAUUAGAACAACUUAAGCAAGCCCUGUAUGGCGAUAAGAAGCCUAGGAAGCGAACUUAUGAACAGAUAAAGGUGGAUGAAAAUGAAAACUGUUCCUCUCUGGGAUCUCCGAGUGAACCACCACAGACUCUAGAUCUUGUUAGAGCAUUACAAGAUCUAGAGAAUGCAGCUUCAGGUGAUGCAGCAGUUCAUCAGAGGAUAGCGUCUUUGCCUGUUGAAGUCCAAGAAGUAUCCCUACUAGAUAAAAUAACAGAUAAAGAAUCUGGAGAAAGGCUCUCUAAAAUGGUAGAGGAUGCUUGUAUGUUGCUGGCAGAUUACAAUGGCAGAUUGGCGGCUGAAAUAGAUGAUAGGAAGCAGCUAACUCGAAUGUUAGCAGAUUUUCUUCGUUGUCAAAAGGAAGCCCUUGCAGAGAAAGAGCAUAAAUUGGAAGAAUACAAGCGCAAGUUAGCCAGAGUUUCCCUGGUGCGCAAAGAACUCAGGUCCCGGAUCCAGAGCCUGCCAGACUUAUCCCGAUUACCCAACGUCACUGGAAGCCACAUGCACCUGCCCUUUGCAGGGGACAUCUACAGUGAAGACUGAUGACCAGUCUCUUUCCAGGUCCCAGGACUUUGCAAGAGAUGGAGACAGGUUAGGUGGACAGUCCUGUAGCAUUAUUUUUGUAUAUGGUUGAGAGAAUGACUAACGAAAGAAGUGACAAGUAAUUUAUAAAAUUGUUUAAAAUGUUGGUUUGUUUACUAUUUUAUUGGUAAGUUAACAUGACUUAGUUUAAACAAAGUGAUGAUCUCUGUGUAUUAAUAGGUUCACAAAUAGUGAUUAUUUUCAAAAGAUCUUUUUGUAAAUUUUUUUGAUCCAGGGCCUUGUGAGAAAUUCCAUGUUUCUAUUUCUUCGUGUAUUUUGAAGUAUUUUUCUUUAUUUUCUUCAGUAUCUAAUCACUGUAUAGUAUGUAAUUCCUAAGGAUGAGAACUAAUCAGGAGUUGUUAGAGACUUUAUUAUGGUAUAGUUAGGACUUGAUUGUAGAAGGGACUAAAUGUUCCAACUUAAACUUCACCCUUCUCCCUGACCAAAAUAGCAGUUCUGUGCCUCUUAAUGCCUUUGAUUCCUUAUUCCCUAGAGGUCAGGAAUUUAACACUAAACUGAGGGUCAGAUCAAAGCUUAGAGAACUUUUCCACAAUAAUACUGUCGGGGUUCCAUUCCAGCUGCCAGUGUAGAAUAAAAGGAGUAUUAAAUAAGGACCCCCUUGAUUAAACUAUUUAGAAUUAUUUGAGUAAGUUAAUAUGAAAAUGCUUUGGAAAUGUUGUAAAGUUUGGCCUUCUACCAAGAGGACAACUUUGAUUCUGGAACUGAUUGCUAUUUUCAAAUCAGUCUCCUUUUAACAUAAUUGAUCCCUUUAACAUAAAGCCAUCUACGGGAUUAAAAGAAACGUAAAAUAAUGAUACUUUUAUUAUUUGCUUAGCCGUUUAACUUUAAAAACAAUAGUAUUUUUAGCUCUAAUAUCUCAACACAAUAUUCCUUACAGUUCAGUAAAAUAGCCUGGAACAUUUUUAAUGUUUCCUUAAGGUUUUUGAAUGACUGUAUAUUUGGAAACUAAGCAGUGCUACACUACAGGGUAGAUCUGGCAAAUAUUAUAUUUGUAUAUUUAGAAUUACCAAAACAAAUGUACUUUUACCUUUUAUUUCUAACCCUGUGUGUUAGAGCAGUUGCAUGCUCUCCUGCUUUCUUUUUAAAUCACAUUGUAAAGCUGUGGAUUUAUACUCAAUAAUGACUUAGGAUAGACAUUUUUUUAAUCAUUACAUAUUAGACAUUUUUCUUUUCCUUGUAAGCAGAUUCAAAUUAGAUAGUCAAUAAAACAUCUUUUAAGUCCCACAAGCCAAUUAUGUCUCUCUAGUCUGAAUGGCUUCACUCUUUUUUUUUCUCAAUAUUAGAAAUUAUAGCUAAAAUGAAUUUAUAUGUGAAGGAGAAGGCAAGUAUUUAUUUUCGGUAGCCAAAAGUUCUGGAAACAGUGCUUUUAACAGUUUGACCUCUGUCCAGAACAUAGACACAUAUUAGUAGUCCCCAUCCAUAUAUGACUUAUAUUCCAAAGUCUUUUAGUCAACUUUUGGGACUCUGGGCACAUUUUCUCACAGAAAGAACAGUAGUUAGGUUUCCUAUAAACAUGACCACACAAAGGUCACCAGGGAACCUAAUCCAUUAACCAUGAAUGUACUUAACUUGUAAUGUGGUUGACAGAUUACUGACAGAUCCUGAUCAGCAUUUGUAACAUCACUCUAACUAAAGAAAUGGUGUGCAGCAGCCAGACUCACACAUUGUGGUGUCUGUCUGUCUGUUUUGUGUACCUCUGUCCCUAGGUGUAGAUGAUAUAAAAAGAAGAUUCAGCAUGGGAGUGGUGGGGUAACAAAUACAGUUAUAAAAACCUAGUUAUACCUGUUCUAAAAGUAUACCAUGUAAGUUUUUGUUGUUAAAGUGAAAGCAAAAACUUGUAUAUUAAUUUAUUUUCAGCGUCUUCACCUUAUUUAUGACCUGCUAAAGUGGUGGUUUAUCCAUUCAAAAUAUAUUUUUUUUUCCAUUUAAAACUAAUUUAUAAACUAUGUACUCCUGGGAAGAUUUGAAUUCUUUGAAGUUUGUUGGAAUAUUUUCACCGUUUAAGACAGACUUCUGACUUAGAUACUGAUUUUAAUGCCAGUAUCUGUUCUAAAUAUUUAUGAUAAAAAUGCAUUAUUUUUUUAAAGAGCUCGAUGCAAUUUGUGAUAAGUGAUAGUACUCAACCUGAAUCCUGCCCCCAGUCCCACCCUUUGACCAAUCCUCCACAAACCUUUAGCUGUUGGUUAAUUCACUAACUGUAACCACAAAUGAUAAGGUCUGGUUUAGAAGUUAUCUUUUCAGCCUUACGUUAACAUGGUAAGCCUUAGCAGUGAAUGGUCUUCCUUUCUAAAAGGCCGACUUAGAUUUUCUCAAGAAAUUGGGUAAGGUGGGGGUACUAUAAUAGUAUAUUUGAAAUCAUGAGCGUUUUCUCCACUGUGUAUGAACAUGGGGCAAGUCAUGCAUCUUUGAGUGCAGUUUGGCCAGGCCCCUCAAGAGAAGUGUGUCCCCACACUUGCCGUAGGGGUACUGUGUGUGGUUUGAAUGGAUCCCAUCACUCUUUUCUCCACAAACAGUGCAGAGAGCUGUCUGGAGUGGCAGUUUGAACAGAUUCUCUGGAGUUCCCUCUGCUCCUUCCAUCACUACAGUAAGUAAAAGAACCACAUGAGGGAACCCAGCAGUCUGAGAAAACUCAGCUGUGCUCAGUAGCCAACCUCCCCCUCUAGGAAAACCAGUCCAGAUGCAGCUAUUUUGGUACCUCUUUUCACAUGCACUCUGAAUCAGGGCUUUUCUAUAAGAAUUCCUUCAGAAUCAGCAAAAGCUGGCAUGACCUGGUUAUCCUGAUUUGCAAAAUUAAAAGAACAAAACUAGGUUGUCGGUGGUCACUGUAGAUGAGCAUGUCAUCUAUUAUUAAGCUGGUUCUGAGAAAUCUUUAGAAAGAAAAAACUUAAAAGUACACAUCAAUUGGGAAAGUCAGAAUGCCCUUUCUGAAUUUUACAUUCUACAAAUUUGUAUUAUAUGAAAUAACAUAAAGCUACAAAACUGCUUUGUAUUCUAUUAAGAAAUAGCUCCUAAAGAUGUAGUCUUGUUUCAUAGUUGUUGCACUAUAUCAGAGCUUUUUAAAGUGUAAACCCAGUUCUUCUCUGUAUAGAAAGGGAGCAUUGUGUUAUGUACUGAAUUUAUUUAUGCAGAGCAUUUGUUGCCAUCUCUAAUUCCAGCCAUCCGCACAGGAGUCUGUUCUGAGGUGGCAGUAGCACAUGGGAACAUGAAGUUUCCCUGUUAAUUUACCCCUUUUUCUUUGGCUGUAUCUGAUGACAAUAUAAGAUGUUCUUAAUAAAGUUUUAUGUUGUUUUUGAAA